ACACCCGGUGUUUGUGGAUAGUUGGGAGCAGCUCGGUGUCGGCCCUGGAAAGGAGGAGGAGGAGGGGGAUCCCGGUGACAGGGGAUCGAACCCCCCGCCUUGUGCAAUACAUCUUCUGUUCUGCGGUAAAGAUGGCGGCGUCAGAGGGGGCGCGCAGCAGCCGGACAACGGCAAGACGAUUGUGAAAAAAGCCCGACAUUUGACUGAAUCUCGCUCCUGGAACAUCGUUGAUUUCUGCUCGGAUAUCAUCUGGAUCUCCGGAGUGCGGACAACCGCUGUCACAGGCCCGUGUUGCGAGUUUAUUGUUGAAGACAGGGUGAGGGUGGGUGGGUUUCAGUGAUUGCUGCUAACGUUAGCUGCUAACUGCAAAGCCAAAAGAGCUAGCACAGGCUAGUUAGCGUUAGCUUAACGGUGAAGAUCAGCAGGGAGGGGGAUUGAGGAAGACUGUUCCGGCCAGGCCGCUCCAGCUUGGGGGAAUGUGAGCCAGAGGUGCACAGGGGUUUGCUCGCAUCGUCCCGAACGUCCUUACGCCAAACUACUGUGAUGGGACAGCAGGUAGGCCGCGUUGGUGAGGGCACAUCGACCGCACUCCAGCCACCACAGCCUCACGCGUCCCAACCACACCAAGGGAAGGGGAUUCGGGGGAGCGGCGCCGGGAGGAGACCCCGUGAACCCGGCAGUAGCACCGGGACACCACCGGGCAGGACUGCUGCAGUCAAUGUGCCAGAUCCAGCCAUCAAUAUAUUCACACAGCAUUCAGAAGCUCUUCACCGGCCAUUCGGCCUGGACUCUGCGGCACUGACGGAGGCGGUGCGCUGGAGCUCCAAAGAGAACCUGCUCGGAGCCGCCGAGAGCGACCCUAACCUCUUCGUUGCACUUUAUGACUUUGUCGCCAGCGGAGACAACACGCUCAGCAUUACCAAAGGUGAGAAGCUGCGUGUGCUUGGCUACAACCAGAAUAGGGAAUGGAGUGAAGUGCGCUCUAAGAACGGCCAGGGCUGGGUGCCCUCCAACUACAUCACACCAGUCAACAGUCUGGAGAAGCAUAGCUGGUACCAUGGGCCCGUUUCUCGUAGUGCUGCAGAGUACCUGCUCUCUUCUCUUAUCAAUGGGAGUUUUCUGGUCCGGGAAAGCGAGAGCAGCCCCGGACAGCUGUCCAUUUCUCUGCGGUAUGAAGGGAGGGUCUACCACUACCGGAUCAAUACAGCCUCUGAUGGAAAGGUCUAUGUUACAUCCGAGAGCCGUUUUGCCACCCUCGCUGAGCUGGUCCACCACCACUCCACAGUAGCCGAUGGCCUGGUCACCACAUUGCACUACCCAGCGCCCAAAUGUAACAAGCCCACAGUGUAUGGUGUGUCUCCCAUCCAUGACAAGUGGGAAAUGGAGCGCACAGACAUCACCAUGAAGCACAAGCUGGGAGGGGGGCAGUACGGGGAGGUGUAUGUGGGAGUGUGGAAAAAGUACAACCUCACAGUGGCUGUCAAAACACUUAAGGAGGACACCAUGGAAAUUGAAGAAUUUCUAAAAGAGGCAGCAGUUAUGAAGGAGGUCAAACAUCCAAACCUUGUUCAGCUAUUAGGUGUGUGUACCUUGGAGCCUCCCUUUUAUAUUGUGACGGAGUACAUGCCGCAUGGUAACCUACUGGACUACUUGAGAGAGUGUGAUAAAGAGGAGGUGAACGCUGUUGUGUUGCUCUACAUGGCAACACAAAUCUCUUCUGCCAUGGAAUACCUGGAAAAAAAGAACUUUAUUCACAGGGAUCUUGCUGCAAGGAACUGCCUGGUCGGGGAGAAUCAUGUUGUGAAGGUUGCAGACUUUGGCUUGAGCAGGUUGAUGACUGGUGACACCUACACUGCACAUGCUGGGGCCAAGUUCCCCAUCAAAUGGACUGCACCCGAGAGUCUUGCUUACAACACCUUCUCCAUCAAGUCUGAUGUGUGGGCGUUUGGGGUCCUGCUGUGGGAAAUUGCUACAUAUGGCAUGUCUCCAUACCCUGGCAUUGAUCUGUCUCAGGUCUAUGACCUCCUGGAGAAAGGAUAUCGUAUGGAACAGCCUGAGGGAUGUCCACCCAAGGUCUAUGAACUCAUGAGAGCAUGCUGGCAGUGGAGCCCAUUAGACCGACCUUCAUUUGCAGAAAUCCACCAAGCAUUUGAAACAAUGUUCCAUGACUCCAGUAUCUCUGAAGAGGUGGCAGAGGAGCUUUGUAAGACGGCCUCCUCUGGUCACUUUGGACCACUGCACUCCUUCAGUCAGGACAUGCCCCUGCUGCCUUCCAAAUCUCGCACAAUCCACAAGCACACGGAAAACAAGGAAAACAUAGAGGGCGGACUGGAUGGGCGCACUGACCAUGGCACACACAGCCACUCAGGCUGGGCUUCAUUGCUGGGAGGCGAUGGACGAUCAGGUGGCUCCCCAGCUUUGCCCAGAAAACAGCAGCCACGAGAUAAAUCUCCCGGCAGCCUUUUAGAGGAUACACAGGAUAUGGGCACGUUUACAAGAGACCGCAAGACUAGCUUCUUUAGCUCCUUCAUAAAAAAGAAAUCUUCCUCCUCUUCUUCCUCCUCCCAGCUCCAACAGAGCCUUCCAACACCACCCAAGAGGAGUAGUUCUUUCCGGGAGAUGGAAACACAGCCUCACAAGAAGUAUGAACCCACUGCUGAUUUCAAUGCUCCUCCUCCUUUGCCUCAGUCAGACAGUUUAGGAGGCUUUUCUGCCUCUCCUUCCCACUCCCAAGGGGAACCCGCCCAGACCCAGUCAAGGUGCUGUGGGGCAGCUUUCGGGCAGAAACCCUCAAGCGGAGGCCUUAGUUCACAGGUGACGAGCAGUAGCACUUGGGGAGGGUUGGCUGGCUUUUUUACCCCUCGACUCAUCAAAAAGACCCUGGGGCUACGGACAGGAAAGACACCCUCUUCAGACGAGGGUGGGAGUAUAGUUGGAGGGCCCAAACCCUUCCCUAGGUCCAAUUCUACCUCCUCUAUGUCAUCUGGACUGCCAGACCUGGAGCGCAUGGCUCUAACUUUACCCAGGAACCGCAGUGCAAAAACCCCUCUGGAGAGAACUGCCUCCACAACUUCCCAGCCAGAGAAUGGGGCAGCACGGCCCUCAGAAUCUCUGCUGAGGAGGAUGGACGAGGGGACGGCACAAAUCAGGGAAAGGCCCAAAGCCAAGCUACUACCCCGGGGCGCUGCUGCAGGGAUGAGGGCACCAGGAGUUGGAGGGGAGGUUGGGGAAUCAGACAGUCUCUCCCGGGUCAAGGAGGGUAAAGAGGAGAGUGGGGGAGGACUGGAAAGGCAACAGAGUUGGUCAUCUCCCUUAAAGAGCUCUACAUCUAGCACCUCCUCAGCUGCACCGGGUGCACCAACCCACAACCACAAAGUUCCAGUCCUGAUCUCCCCCACACUGAAGCACAGCCCAGCUGACGUGCACUUAGUCGGGCUUGACUCUCAGGGGAAUCGCUUCAAACUGCUGUCUGAGCACCAAGCAGACCGGGACAGGCCGCGUCUUGUAAAACCCAAGUGUGCUCCUCCGCCCCCUCCCACUCUACGCGGCCUGCAACACUCCUACAGCGGUGAUGGUGAGGAGCAGUUAGGAGGUGCACCUGUGGAAGUGAAUGGAGACACAUUAAAAGGUCACAGGUCAAGGCGAACGUCAGGGGGAGCAACGACGGGCAGGCCGUCUGUGCCACCACCACAAGUGCCUCCUGCAUCUUCUUCUGCCAUCACAAACACAACGCCAACCAAAAUGGCCAAUGGAGCCACCACCACUGCCUCGCAAGCGGCACAGUCAGCCGGUUCCAAAGUGGCACUGCGGCGAAUCAGGCAGCAGGCAGAGAGGGUUCCCCUGGAGCGGGUCAGCCGUGAGGCCCUGCUGGAGUGCCUGAGCAGCGUCCUCCAAGCCAGCUCUGAAAGCCCAUCCAGCAGCCAGGUGCUGGACGCUGGCCACCAGCUGCUAGACUACUGCUCAGGUUACGUGGACUGCAUCCCACAGAUGAGGAACAAGUUUGCCUUUCGAGAGGCAGUGGGAAAGCUAGAGCUCAGCCUGCAGGAACUAAGGGCUUCGCCUUCAGGGGGAGGACUGAGCAGUGUGGGGCCCAACACUGUACUGGACAACCUGCACAGCUGUAUUAAAGAGAUUAGUGAUGUAGUGCAGAGGUAGCCACUGUGACAACAGCAACAACUGGCAGCCCUGACCACACAUCAGAUUGCCUUUUUAUGUUUCUGGUUUUAUCAACAGCUUUUUGUGGGACAAAAAUCUCCAAAUCUCUAAAUCUCUGAAUCUCUCUAUGUACCUCAGAGAAAUCUCUACAAAAUGUAAUCUUUUAUUGUUUACAAACAACUGUUUCAUAAAAUGCCAGUGUGGACACUAACUUUGCUCUGACUUGUACAUAUUGAAAAAUGUUUAUACUGAACUAAAUGUGGUUUAAGUCGCACCAUGAGAUGUUUGGACACGAUGGUCAUGAUGAUAAUGGCCUCCCUGUUAAGUGAAUGUCGAGUGUAUCAGCUGUGUGUAGCCAGUCUGGAGAAUAGUUAAAGCUCCGUCUGCUUUUCUGUCAGUCCGUUGCAUUACUGAGCGAGAAUGAUAGCAGUUGUACCCAGCCUUACUGAGAAGACAACACAACUGUUUGUCCUGUUUGCGUCAGCUCAAGCUGUGUUUCACUAGUAUGUGAAUCAUGAGUGUUUUGCUCAGCAUCUGGGGAAUUCGAUGACCAUUUGCCAAUAUUUAAAGCCAUUUAGGGUCACGAUUUGACAUUUGUAUUCCUGUGCAUAUGUGUUGUUUUUUUGAUUUUUAUAUCAUUUGGAUUUUAUUUCAUUGAUUGGUCGGUAAUUUUCAGUAGCGAAACAGUUGUUAUGAAAGAAUACACACCUCCCAAAAACUGCUUAUUUUUGUGAUGACAGUCUUGUUUUUUUUGAGGAUAAUCUUAAGAGUAAUCAGCCAUUUAGUGACAGUGACAUUCCCAAAACAAAAGUGAGACCACUGACAACCAUUGAAGGGAUCAUUUGUAUCAUUGAAAUAACAUUGCGUUCUUUUGACAAGUGUGUAGCAAGUGGAAUUUUAAGUUUUAUGUUUCAAUAGUAUCAAAUACAGGCUUAUCAAAUUUAAAACAAGAAGAAAGUGUAUAUAAAGGCAUAUAAAGGUAUUUUUGUCUCCCCCCACAAUACUGAAGCUUAAAUGACUGAAUGUGGGGGGUAUUUCAUCAUAUGCACAGCAUUUGACUUUGCUCCAGUGACAUGACUGAUGCUUACACCCCCCUAAAGCAUUUCAACGCCUCUAUCCUGGUAUCCUUGCACAUUACAUUUCAUUCAUGUAUGAUGGAGCAUAACAGUGUGGAGCAUGGAGAGGGAGCGCACAGAGUCACACAUGAGCAGGUGAACUGGGACAGUGUUUCUAUAUGUGUCCUGAGUAUGGACAUUGUUGGAUUCCCUGUAGCCUUGUCAUGGCCUCAGUGCCUCAAAUCCUUCAACGUACGAACACGAUGAUAAUGCAGAGACCUACUUUACACUAAUCACACAGUACUGAUCUCUCAACAAGCAAAACUGCAGUAUGUCUUCAGCACAUGAGCGAUUUGUACAUUAUUUGGUUCAAAGAAAAAUGCUUUUUAGGAUGUUAUGUAUGAACUUGAAUUUUAAAUUAUUCUUUUCUUUUUUUUUUAAUUAAAAGCACAGACCUAUUUUGAGAAAAGAGUGUAAAUAUUUGAUUUAUUUCAUAUCCAGGAAACAAAAGAUUUAUGUGUGGUCACAGCAUAAGGAGCAAUGUUUUUGAUGUGCAAGACUGAGGCCAAUCCACCCAGACCUGAGCAUCUGCUUUAUGAAUGUAUUAUUCUUCAGUUCUGAACCCAGCCGAAUGUUCAUCUGCAUGACUCUUUAAUCUCCUAAGGUGUCAUUUAUUUAUUAUGUAAUACCUUUUCUUGGCCCAAUAAUGCUAAUGUCCAGAAACAUCUGCUCUGUUUUUUGAGCACAAACAAAACUGUGUACAGUGCACACAAAACCACAAAUGUCUUUUUUUUCCCUUUUGUUUCUGUGGCUCACAUCUUUACACUGGAUAAGAGACAUUAGUUCAUUGACGUGUUUGCAUCUAAAUAUUACAAAAUCUAUUCAAUAAUACUGUCUUUUAAAGGCACUAGCUUUUUCAAGUAAAACUUUUAAUUUGUGGUGCAUUUCAUUCUCGUUUCAUGUUACUGUCUGGAAUAUCUUGUUUCUUGUCUAUCAGGACACUUUGAGACACCGAUGAUUCAUUUUGAAACUCACUAUGCAUUAUAAAUAACAUUGCCAACCUUUUUUUUUUGUUUUUAAUGUUUAUUGUGCCUUUGUGUGGAAUGUGGAUAAAUAUGUACAGACAUCAUCACUGCAAGAAAUCACAGUAUGGCAAUGAUCAAAUCUAUGCUAUUUAAUUUUUUUUGCCAUGAGAUUAUCACUUCAUCAUGCCCUCCUGUUAUUUGGUGGUUAACAGUCAGUUAAAACAUUUGUCCUUUUAGAUUAUGUAGUAACGAAGUAAUUUACUUGGCCAUAAACAUUGUUAAUGCAGCCACACCUGUUUGGUUAAACAAAUGAACCUGCUGCUCAUAAAUUGUGUCUGAAACAUUUGUCUUUAUAAUUGCCUUACACCAUUCUGGUCUGUUUCCCUGUUAGGUUUUUAUUGAUUUUUAAUGCAUGUCUGUGGAACAGGUUUCCAAAGAACAAAAA